CUUCAUCCAGAGAACUGGCCGUCUGUCAGCACGAUGCCAAGCAAACCUGCACCCAUCAAGAAGUCCCCAGCCAAGAAGGCUGCCGAGAAGGCACCUGAGCCCGCCCCGCAGCCUGAACCAGCUCCUGUAGAGGCUCCACCUGCGGAGGCUCCACCUGCGGAGGCUGCAGCUCCUGCCGAGGAGGCUCCGGCCGCGGCAGCUCCUGCAGCUGAGGGAGCUGGUGCCCCCGUAGCCCCGGCAGAGGACACCCCCGCUGCUCCAGCUGAUGAGACUCCCGUCCAAGAGGGAUUGGAUUCGACAGCUCCUGCUGAGGCUGAUGCUCCCGCUGCUGAUGCUCCCGCUGCUGAUGCUCCCACUGCUGAUGCUCCCGCUGCCGAAGACGGUGCUGCUGCUCCGGCUGCAGAUACUGCAGAUGCUCCCGCAGACGCCGCUCCAGCUGAACCAGCUGUAGUUGAGGAGCCGCCAAAGGCCCCCACGCCCCCGCCUCCUGCAGUCCCCACCAGCGCUCCUCUGGACGUCUCUGUGGAAGACGUGAACGAGUCCAGCCUCACUAUUAAAUGGAAGACCCCAGAGACCAUCGGAAACUCCGGCCUGGAUGGAUUCACCAUCGAGUACUGCAAGGACGGAACUACAGACUGGGUUGUUGCUCAGGAGGAGCUCACCCCGGUUAACCGCUACUGCAUCAAGAAUCUGACGGCCGGCGACCUGCUGAAUGUGCGCGUGGUGGCUGUGAACCCGGGUGGCCGCAGUGAGCCUGCUACACUCGCGGCGCCAGUGCCAAUCCGCGAGGUUGUUGAUCGUCCCAAGAUCAAAAUGCCCCGCAACCUCAGAGUGCGAGUUGUGAGGCAGGUUGGAGAGCAGAUCAACUUGGUCAUCCCCUUCCUUGGAAAGCCCAAACCUGUGGUGUCCUGGCUGAAGGAUGGUCAGCCUCUGGACACAAAGAGGGUCAACAUCAGGAACAGUGACAAGGACAGCAUCAUGUUCAUUCGCACUUCUGAGAGGGAAGACUCCGGUGUUUACGAGAUGUCUGUGAAAGUGGACAGCUUUGAAGACAAAGCCCCCCUCACGCUUCAGAUUGUGGAGCUGCCCGGCCCUCCAACCAGCGUGAAGCUGGCGGACACCUGGGGCUUCAACGCUGCCCUGGAAUGGACCCCACCCAAAGAUAGCGGCAACACAGAGAUCACAGGAUACACCGUGCAGAAGGCAGACAGGAAGACAGGGGAGUGGUUCACGGUGCUGGACCACUACCACAGACUCACUGCUACCGUCUCAGACCUCAUCAUGGGAAACACGUACUCCUUCAGAGUGUUUGCAGAGAACAAGGUGGGCACGGGUGAGAGCUGCGCUGUCACCAAGGCGGUGGCCACCAUCCAGAAGACAGGCAUUAACUACAAGCCUCCUGAGUACCCUGAGCACGACUUCAGCGAGGCACCCAAGUUCACCACCUCUCUCAGUGACCGCGCUGCCACCGUGGGAUACACAACCAAACUGCUGUGUUCUGUUCGUGGAAGUCCAAAGCCCAAGAUUGAGUGGUUGAAGAAUCAGAUGGUCAUCGGUGACGACCCCAAGUUCCGUAAACUCUCUAACCAGGGCAUUUGCUCCCUGGAGAUCCGAAAGCCCUGCAGCUUUGAUGGAGGUAUUUACACCUGCAGAGCCAAGAACGCCCAGGGGGAAGCCACUGUGUCCUGCAAGCUGGAGGUCAAACAGAUUAUUAUUUCAGAGAAGGGGAAAUAAACCAACACCCAAAACUCCAGAGUGCCUUUAAGGGAGCUGCAGAAGUCCAGGUCUUAUGUGUGAAGAGUGUUUGCGGAGGUGAGAUAAAAAGUCGUGGCUGUCCGAGCGUCAGCGUGUAUAUAAUGAAGAAAGAGAAAGAAAAACAUACCAACAUCAUCCCCACCCACCCACCCACCCA